AUGGCUCGGCUGGUGUUGUGCACGGUAGCGCUGCUUGCAGCAAGCGGGCUUGCGGACCCCAUAAAAAAGGUUCCGCACAAAGUUGUUGAUCAUGAAUUCUUGCAACAUCAAGUAGAUGUCUUGAACUUAUUCUAUCACAUUCAUGAGCCCAUUCACGAGCCUGAACUCAAAGAAAUUGUUAAUACUUUCGAUCUGGAAAAGAAUAUCGAACACUACACCAAUGUCACGGCUGUGAAGAUGUACGCAGAGUUUGUUAAAAGCGACGUGUUAGUACCUCGUGGAGUGCCAUUCUCUGUACUUGAGUUCUCGCAUAGAUUUGAAGCUGAAGUUCUGUAUGAUUUAUUGUACUCGGCUAAAGAUUUUACCACAUUUUAUAAAACGGCCGUCUAUUUGAGAAAUAGAAUCAAUGAGGGCCUUUUCGUAUAUGUAGUCAGUGUCGUUUUGUUGCACCGUCCAGAUACUCAAGGCAUAGUAAUUCCACCAAUAUAUGAAGUUUUCCCUUCAUACUUCCAUAAUGCUGAGAUAAUAAACACCGCUCAGAGAAUAAACACGCAUGGCAAGCGGAUGAUCGAACAUUACCCGUCUACCUAUGUUCAUGACGACAAUGUUGUGAUUAGGUGGAACAGCACGACAUGGCCCUACCAUAAUAACGACGUCGCUGUUACCUAUUUCACUCAUGACGUUAAUCUUAACGCAUUUUAUUACAAUGUCCACCUAAUGUACCCGUUCUGGCUCGGAAAUGAUGACAGUCCUUUAGUAAAGGACAGACGCGGUGAAUUAUUCUGGUUCUACCACAAGCAAAUCCUGUCUCGUUACUACAUGGAAAGAUUAUCUAACGGUCUUGGAGAAAUUCCUGAAUUAGGUCUUGACGUAGUUCAACAAGGAUACGUACCUGGUAUGUCAUACUAUAAUGGUAUUCCGUUCCCAGUUAGACCUAAUCACUUCAAUUUGGACCAACCUGAGUUUGUAAAUGCUAUAACAAAGAUCAUAGAAUAUGAGCACCGUAUUCGUGAAGCUAUUGACAAAGGAUAUGUUCUAAAUCAUUUGGGCGAACACAUUAGCAUCCAAACUCCAGAGGCAGUUGAUAUUCUCGGUCGGGUAAUUGAAGCUAAUGUUGACUCUCCUAACCCAUAUUACUAUAAGGACUUUAUCAGCGUUUGGAAGACUGUUCUCGGAAACACUGUUUGGCAUAAACACCACUACCAUAAGGGAUUGAUACCGCUGGUUGUUCCAUCAGUCUUAGAACAUUACCAGACUGCUCUGCGUGACCCUGCAUUCUACAUGAUUUGGAAACGUGUAUUGGGAUUGUUCACCACAUGGCAGAAAUAUCUUCCAGAAUACAAGCUUGAGAAACUGGCACUACCCUCAGUUGUUAUUAAGAGCGUUGAGGUCGAUAAACUAGUCACUUACUUUGAACACACCUACUUUAACGUUACCAACGAUCUGCACAUGAAUGAACAUGAAAGCAAGGCAGUAGUUGAUGAUGUGAGUGUAGUCGUUCAGCGUCCACAAUUAAACCACAAAGUCUUCACCGUCCGUGUUAAUGUCAAAAGUGAAGUCGAGAAGCCUGUUCUUGUGAAAUUCUUCCUGGCACCUAAGUAUGAUAGCAAGGGCUAUGAAAUUCCUCUGCACGUUAACACUGAAAACUUCUUUUUGUUGGAUCAAUUCGUCUAUGACAUGCCCGUCGGUGAAUGUGUAAUCAAACGUGAGUCGACAGAAAACGGAUUCGCAAUCAAAGGAUGGACGCCGGCAUACGAAGUGUACGAAAAGGCUUUCAAUGCCCUGCACGGCAAGGGACAAUUCGUUCUUGACAGGACUCACAGAAUCGACGGAUUCCCCGACCAUCUCUUACUUCCUAAAGGUCGCGUUGGAGGAAUGCCUUUCGUACUCCUGGUGUACAUCUCUGAAUACCAACCGUCAAAGGUCCCGUACGCUAGUAACUUUGAUCCUAACGUCUCUCUCGGCCUUGGUUCUGGAGCUCGCUACAUGACUGACGAACCUUUAGGAUUCCCUCUCAACAGACCAUUGUACCAAUGGCAAGCCGACCAUCUAAGCAACCUCUACAUUCAAGACGUGUACAUCACCCACAAACUUGUACCAGAGGUCGUUGUUCCUCAUGUGGAAGAAGUGCAUCCAUUGUAA